AUGUUGGGGGAUAACCAGACCAUCAAGAUGGCUGCCAUGCAGAGUGAGCCGGACGAAAACGUGCAGUUUUCGGAUUAUUUUGCGGGUCUAGAUGGCCCAUCGAAAUUAAGAUAUAGGGAAAAAGUUAGUAUAUGUGGGUUCGACCCUUAUUCGUUAAAGAAAAGUGAUUACAGUGAAAAUGUGGAUCUUCUACCGAGUGUGCAGUAUCCGGAUAUCGUGAAUUAUUUAGUCUUGCAAACCUCGUGGGCAACAAAAAGCCAAAUGAAGGCCUACAAGUCGAUGGAUGCAUAUAAUUUUUUCGUCUCUGGCUGGGUGAACACCCUCUACAUGCGAUGUGUUGGUACAGAUAAAGUUGUUGUGUUUGCGAGGGUGAGUGAAGAUGAGCUUAUUAAGUUCUUUGUUCCCUGUUUUAACAUGUUCACUGCAUGUUAUUCCUAGUUUUGUCAGUGGCAGAUUUUCGUUUAUGUGUACAACUACUUUCAGGUGAUACAAAUAAAAUGUUGAGUUCAGCUAAUUUGAAGGCUGUGAUAUGUUUUUCUCUGAGAUGAAGAAUUUAUUUGGAUAAAUAUUGUAAAAUAUCUGCAGUGGUUUUCAGUUCAUCCUUGUGUUAAAUUUUGUUUUCCUCUUUCUGGGUAAUAGUAAUGUGUGAUAAUAAGCUUAGAACGAAAGAUAAGAUUGAACCGGGGAUGGAUUCUUUUGUUUUCAACUUCAUUGUUUUGUAAGACAUAUACAAAUGGCAGGGUUUUCUUAAUUUGCAUUAUUUAUGGGAUACCUUGAACAGGUAAACCACUCACAGAGAGCAAGGGAUACCCCUCUUAAAGUAUGGUUUUUGGCCGAAAAAGGUGGCUCUGUUAUAGCAGCCCACUGUGAUUGUAUGGCAGGAUUGUGUGAAGCUUGUUCGCAUGUUGGUGCAGUGCUUUUUGCUGUAGAGUCUGGUGUUAGAAUUAGAGAUUCCACCACUUGCACACAAGAAAAAAGCAAAUGGAUGCUCCCUAGUCAUGUGAGAGAAAUCCCCUACUUACCUGUAUGCGAUAUGGAUUUUACAUCCGCAAAGAAGAAGUAUGAUUUGAUGGUGGAAAAUGAAGUUACCCCUAGUGGGACUAGGUCGGACCCUGGGAUCAAAACUACUGGGAUACCCGCACCAACUGCUGAUGAGCAGAAAUUUUUUUUUGAAAGCAUAUCUAAGACUCAAGUGAAACCUGCAGUACUGUCCCUUGUACCACCAUUUAAUGAGCAGUUUGCAUGUAAAGAAAUUGACAAUCUGCCAAAGUCUCUUCCUGAUUGGUUGUAUAGAGAAGAAUGUGUUGUGCUGGAAUAUGAGGAGUUACUGCAAUGCUGUAAGCCAGCAGUUCUUGAGGUUACACCAGGGGAAUGUCGAGCAAUAGAGGCUUCAACUAGGAAGCAGUCACAAAGUCAAGUUUGGUACCAGCAAAGGGCAGGUCGUGUAAUCGCUUCCAAACUUAAAUCUGUUUGCAGCACAAAUCCAGCAAAACCUGCGAAGAGUCUGGUUAAGGCAAUAUGUUACCCUGAAGCCCAUAAGUUUUCAACUGCAGCCACAAGGUGGGGAUGUAGAAAUGAGGGUAGGGCACGUGAAGCUUACCAGAAAUCAAUAGGUCAGUUCCAUGAGUCUUUAACAAUUUCAGACAGUGGUCUAAAUGUUGAUCCAAGGUGGCCAUACUUGGGAGCUUCCCCUGAUGGGUUUGUAAAUUGCAAAUGCUGUGGGCAGGGUGUAUGUGAAAUAAAAUGUCCAUAUGCCUAUAAGGAUGCAGUAAUUUCUGAUUCUGCUGGCAAGAAAAACUUUUGUUUAAAAAAAGAUGAACUUGGUAACAUUUACCUGGACAAAUCGCAUGCUUAUUACUACCAAGUUCAAGCACAGAUAUUUAUCUGUGGCGUCGAAUAUUGCGACUUUGUAGUGUGGACAAUGCAAGAUCUUUUUGUGCAGCGAAUUCUUCCUGAUCGAGAGCUUUGGGCCAAUUCACUACGCGCUGCCACCGAAUUUUUUAACAAAUGCCUUUUGCCUGAAAUGGUGGGUAAGUGUUACACUCGUCCAGGUUGUCAAGUUCAAACCCACAUUGACUCACCAUCAUCAACAUGUGAUGAAGACGAUGUGGAAGGGCCUUGGUGCUACUGUCAGCGACAUGUGGAAGGAAGCACAUUAAUCGGGUGUGACAAUGAUACAUGCCAGAUAAAAUGGUACCACAUGUCGUAUUUGAGGAUGAAAGAACUGCCUGAAGGAGACUGGUUCUGUCCAACUUGCCAUAGGUUAACAUAA